CUCCAUGAUGCCUUGCGGUGUCCCGCGCACUGUUUUUACUCGUGUGAGAGCAGAGCUGCCGCUGCUGCUGCUGCUGAUGUAACGGGCCACACUGACUGAACUUCAGCGAGCGGACCCUCCUAACGGACCUCAACCGGAACCGGACUACAUUUACGGACAUCGGACGAAGGGAGUCUUUACGAAACAUUAAAAGGAAAACCACACCAUCUGCUUAAAUCUGGGUUCUCUGGCGGAGCGAAGUAACAGACCCGGACUGAGGAUUGUGGCGGUCUGGGACUGCAGAUACACGCAGUGAUAAGAGCGGCAUGCAGACCAGAGAGCUUGCAACGGGUGCCUGCAGAGGUGAGGAAUGACAUCCAGAUGAGAGGCAUGGAGCUGAAGGUAUGGGUGGAUGGAGUGCAGCGCAUCGUCUGCGGGGUCACAGAAGUCACCACAUGUCAAGAGGUUGUUAUCGCUUUGGCCCAAGCAAUAGGGCGGACAGGUCGCUACACGCUGAUUGAAAAAUGGCGCGAGACAGAGAGGCACCUGGCGCCCCAUGAGAAUCCUGUAGUCUCUCUGAAUAAGUGGGUAACAAAUGAUAGUACGGAGAGAGAGCAGGAGCUGGAACAGUUAACUAAGGAGCUGAGGCAGGUGAACCUUCAACAGUUUAUUCAACAGACUGGCACCAAAGUAACAGUUCUACCAGCAGACCCUGGUGAGGAGGAAGCCAACACAGAGUCAGAAAAUCAGUCUGGAUCUCUGAAGCGGCUUGGAUCAGCUCGACAACUUCCCGCUGACCUACGAGCUCUGCAGAGCCCGCUGAACACGACCUUUAACCCAGAAGGCAUCUACGUCUGAUUUUGCACUGGGCAUCAACAUUUAAACACAGUCUGCACUUCCCACAUGACUCAUACUCCCUAGAAUUACAGAGGUAUCUGUUGUUUGCUCUACAGAUUCAUCAACAAACAGCGAGUGUUUUUUUACGGUGAUGAUUGCUUCGUCUUGAUGGCUGUUUGACUAAUCCAACCCAAUCAGUGCUUUCUCCAAAUCCUACAAAGACAUCUCCAGCUGAAUGUAUGCUCAGUUUCACUGGACCCAAAGCGCAGUAAGGCUUUGAAUAUGUCUUGAACAUGGCAACUACUGAACUCAGACAGAAUACAUGCUGCCUCAGCCUUCGUUCAAUCCAUCAAACUUCUGGUGCAAGUUAGAAAAUGCAGCAUCAUGAUGUCUUUCAUUUCUAGAAUGUUUCUGAAUCUCCGUAAACCUCAUACACGAUGCGAUUAUGCAAGCAGAAGGAAUUUUAAGGAGAUGCAAAGAGAUCGUUGAGGAUGAUAAAUUAUGCAGUUUAUAUUUUAUGGCUCAUAGUCGUGAUGAAAGCUCAUAGUAAGGGGUGGGGUUUCGCCUUAGUUUGCACUUUAUUGGCCAACACAUCUGCUGUGGAAUUUUACUGAAAUCUUAAAAGCUGAAGAAUCAUUUUCUGCGUUUGAUUGCGCUAAUCAGGAAAGCAGGUGCAUGCAAUAUUUUAAAACCGUGUGAGAGUGAGUAAGAGAGGUGUUUUUGCAUGAAAGCAGCUUGUGGCAAGUGAAAUUUGGUACCUUUUAAAAUGAAGCAAUGGAACCUGGUUUUGUGCUGAACAGCUUAAUUUUAAAAGGAAGCCUUUUAAAUUAUGCAAGUACAAUGUAGUUACGCACAAGUCGUAAUGACUGGCCUAGAUCAACGUGUUCUGCUUAAGCUUUCAGUGAACCUUUUUGGCCAAUAAAUGCAUUUUUAUUUCUGACACUGAAUAUUUAGUUUUAUUUUUUUAUUUAGCUGAUCCCACUAAAAUCCUUAUCUAGAGUUGUCUUUUUUCCCACAUACUAGCAAAAAUCACAUCAGUUGCAUAUAUUUUAAGCAAAUCUUUUUUAGAACUUUAUUUCUUAUCAAACCAAAGUGUUCUGGAAGUCAUGAAUAUCUGCAUGAAUGUAAAGAUUUUUAAGUGUAUGUGCAAAGGGAAGCAGCUCCAAAAUAUUGUUGAUGACAUGAUUUUUUUUUUAAUUGUUUAACUGUAGUAGCACCUGCUUCCCUUAAAGCUACAUUCACACAGAUGCAAAAUGACUUCAUUUAUUUUUACAUUUAAUAUGGACAUAAGCAAGGAGCUCUUGGAAGUGUGUAUAAGUACUCAUUUAUAUUUGCUGUAGUAGCUUCUGAAUUUGUUUUUAUAUUUUUGUUAACUGGUUAGCUUACUGAUAUUUUUUUUCCAAAAACACUAUUUUGCCAAAAGCCAGUAUUAACAUGAUCUUCAUGGAUGACUGAAUCAUUUUAUUUUUUAGUAAAACAAAAAACAGGUUUGGUUUAAAGCGCUGCACAUCAUGCUAUACAUUCAAAACAAAAACCAUCUGCUUCUACAUUUAUUGAGGAUUUUAGUAGAGUAAUUGAGUAGUCGUGUGUUGAUUUCACACAGAACUGGUGCUCGGAUGAUUUGCAAACGAGCAUUCGACUGUCUGAAUGGCGCAUGACUUGAAGAACAAUGUCAUCUCUGUGUGACGAGGGAAACAUUUGAGAAGCAUGCCUUACUAAAAAAAAAAAAAAAAACGAAAGUUGUAAAUAGCAUAUAGCAACAUAU